AUGGCUGGUGUAUCACGUUCUGCCUCAUUAGUGAUGAUCUACCUCGUAAAAUAUGAACGAAUGACACUUCGACAAGCCUAUCACUAUGUGAAAUCCUGUCGACCCAUUAUACGCCCUAAUGUUGGUUUCUGGAAGCAGAUGGUGGAUUAUGAAAAGCGCUUUCGAGGAUCUGCCUCAGUGACGAUGGUAAUGACAAAUCAGUGUGAUUUACCGAUCCCGGACAUCUAUGUUGAUGAUCUCAAACGAGCACAAGAUCGAGAACAACAACAGCAACAGCAGAAAGUCUCGAGCAGUACCCUCAUCAGACAACCGAUUGCAUUGUCAUUAACGAAAAGGCGAGGAUACUCUGCUAGGUUUGUAUGUAUUAGUAUUAGCUAG